UCUUGAACAAGAAGAACGAAAAGAGCGACAUAGACAAAAAGAACUAGAAGAACGAAGAUCAAAGAUUUAGUUCACUAGUUCAGUUAAAAGACCCGGUCAAUUGAACAAGUUCAGAACGAAACGACCCAACUCUAAUUAGCAGCACUUCUCGAUGAAGAAAACAGAAGAAAAAGAUGGGUUCACGAAAUAAAUUUGAGAAGAGAAGAAGAUGGUGAAUUUUCCAGCCUGAUGCCCCAACUGCGUAACCACGAGGAAAGAUUUUAUAAAUAUUUCCGCAUGCUCCCUGAAUGCUUUGAUGAAAUACUAAAUUUAAUAAGGACUGAUAUUACAAAGCAACACACAAAUUGGAGGGAGCCAAUAUCUGCAGAAGAGCGGUUAAUGAUAGCCUUAAGAUUUUUAUCGACUAAGGACAGCUUUUCUACAAUUGGACACAGUUUCAGAGUCGGAUUCACUACCGUUAGCGCAAUCGUGGAAGAAGUUUGCGAAGCAAUUUGGUUACGUAUGCAGCCCAUUUACAUGCCUCAGCCAACAGAAGCCAUAUGGAAAAAUUCAGCAGAGCAAUUUUACGAAGCAUGGCAGUUCCCAAAUUGCACAGGAAGUAUCGAUGGGAAGCAUGUUACAAUAAAGUGCCCAAAAAAUACUGCUUGGUUUGCAUAUUGUUUAAAAGGAUGUCGAUUUACAUAAUUUGCUUAACAACAAGUGGAGGUCUACCAGUGUUUACUCGCAAAAAAGGGGACUGCGAUAAUUUGCCCUUUUCUACUGUGGCUUCACUAAAUGGUUUUCAUAUGUUCUUCAAAUCACUGGGUAUAACCCUGCAAGUAACAUAUUCUGAGGAUUGGACUUAUGUUUGGCGAGAUUUCCACAAUGCUGUCACGUUGAUAGUUUGUGCCCGUUCAAUGUCUGAAGCGGUCCUGCAGUCACUAGCCGACGUAGUGUUUGGUGCAAUUGCACUAUUUGUUAAUUAUAAGGAGCUUGUUGAUUUAACUUUGUUGGAUCGGAUGAAGAAGGAGGCAAGAAAUUAUGUGCCAUUAGUAGAUGCGGCAUUAGAAGCGUGCACAACGCGCAUAUUAGGAUUUACCGACUGUAUACUAUCAACGGAAAAUCAACAAUUGGCGCAGCGACUAAACGAUUUUAGUGACCUUUGCGGUUCGCUUUUCUGCUGCCUUGUCGUUGGAAAUAACGUAGCAGUGGGUACAGAAGGCUGGUGGGAUUUGGAUCCAAUAGAUCGUGAAUUACUUUUAUUAUUACUAAAUUCGUCGAGUACUAUACAGAAUGAUGUCCCUGUGUAUUUACCAAAACGAGAUUCAACGUUGGCAUAUCGUUUCGUAAGUAUUCCAUUAGCGCCAAGUAGUAUCAUUUGUGUUAUAUGUGGAGCAGGUCCGAGUUUUCGCGAUUUGCGGACUAUGUCACAGGAUGUGUUUGGCGAAAGUCAAUUGCAGAACGUUGAGCGAUGUAUGCCACGCAGUUUACCAGAGCAAUUAGAUAUCGAUCAGUGUGUUCUGUCUAUUAUAGUUGCUAAUACAAACGCAAAAAAAUGUGUUUUUUCUCGUAAUUUAAACCAAAAUUCAGGAGGAAAAAGAGUAUUAGGGGGCGGCCUUUUGCGUGUAGAUUUAAUAAAAAAGAUCUUUGAUCAAACUCUGCAAUAUAACAAAGUACUAAAUGAAGACUGUAAAAUUGUACAACUGCGAACGCGACAUAUGGAGCCACUGGAUCAGUAUUGGUGUUUGGAUUACCAUAAAUGUUAUGCUCAUUAUGAUCAGCAUGGAAAUACUAUUUUCAUCCUCUUUAUAUCAUCUAUACCAACACCUGCAAUGAGGUAUUAGUUUUUAUAACGAAUUUCCACGUGUACUCAAUACUCGCACGUAAGGGUAUUCCACAAUAGAGAAAGUCUGCCUAUGCAGAACUGUCACAGUUACUUCAAUGUUUAAAGUAGAAAAAAUAAAUAUUAAAAAAAGGUCUUCGUUGGAUUCUUGUUGACAACUAUCGGCGUUGUUUACAACUAGGUCGGUUUCUGUCCGGACUCGACCCCAAUAUUCCCAAUGAGUUUCCGUUAUGUGGAGAUUCCCCGCACAACACCAACCACCUGUUCGCAUGCCAGCAAUCCCACUCAACUAAAACCCCUCUCCCUUUGGUUUGGCCCUAUUGAAAUUGCCCGUUUUCAGGGCCUACCGUAAGUUGAGCUUCGCGACAAUGAUUGAAGGAUG